AUAAGAGCAAAGAUUGUGUUUUUAACAUUAUUUUAAUACAUUUCUACAUCUUGACCAUGUCGACAGUUAUUAUAUUGCUGUCCGUCGUUUUGUUCAGUAUUUAUCAAACUGAACAAGCACAUUUUCUGACCGACGAUUACAUUAAUAAAAUAAACGAUGAAGCAACAACGUGGAAGGCCAGUAAAAGUUUUCCUUCGAACACUUCCGUCGAGUACUUUAAAAGCAUGUUGGGAUCAAAAGGCGUAGGAAAAUCGUCAAACGGUCCAAUGAAGACCGAAGAUCCGAAUUAUGACAACUUCCAUCACAUUCCUCGAAAAUUCGACGCUAGGAAAAAGUGGAGGCACUGUCAUACGAUCGGUCAAGUCCGAAAUCAAGGAAAUUGCGGCAGCGAUUGGGCAUUGUCGACCACUAGCGCGUUUUCCGACCGCUUGUGCAUAGCCACCGACGGAAAAUUCAACCAAUUGCUUUCGGCUGAACAACUGACCUUCUGUUGUCAUUUGUGCGGUUUUGGAUGUUAUGGCGGGUGGCCAAUCAUAGCCUGGAUGUACUUCAAAUAUCACGGCAUUGUCACCGGAGGAGACUACGGCAGCAACGAAGGUUGCCAACCAUACAGAGUAGCACCCUGUACAUUUGACGAGAGAGGAAACAACUCGUGCAGUGCACAACCGGUCGAAGACAACCACAGCUGCUACCGAGAGUGUUACGGAGACUCCGACAUCGAUUACAACGAAGACCACGUCUACACCCGAGACGCGUACCAGCUUACGGCUGCGAUGAUUCAAAAGGACGUGAUGGCUUACGGCCCAGUCGAAGCGUCUUUCGACGUGUACGACGACUUCAUUAGCUACGAAUCUGGCGUCUACGUGAAGACGGAAAACGCUACUUACUUAGGAGGACACUCCGUGAAAUUGAUCGGUUGGGGAGUCGAUUGGGAUGUACCUUACUGGUUGAUGGUGAACUCGUGGGAUUCCGACUGGGGUGUCAAGGGAACGUUCAAGAUCCGAAGGGGCACAAACGAGUGUGGAAUCGAGGACUCGGUGACAGGCGGUGUGCCCAUUACUUAUUAAACACAUAAAAACAAAAAAAAUAAUAUAUAUAAUGUAGUCCGAACUAUGAAAUUUUAUAACUUGUAUUGUAUUCUUAAUAUAUGACAAUCCUGAAA